AUGAUUGACAUCUUGAGAGCUGUGCAAUGGUGGGACGAGUGGCAGCUGCGCAUCCUCGUCCUCGGCAGCCUGGGUCUCCAGUGGUUCCUGCUGCUGGCAGCCCCCAUGCGCAACUACACAAUCCCUCGCUUGUUCAGAUUCUCCAUCUGGGCGGCGUACGUGAGCGCCGAUGCUCUGGCGAUCUACGCGCUCGCCACCCUCUUUAAUCGCCAUUCCAUGGCGAGCAGCAUCAGCAGCAGCUGCAGCUGCUGUGACUACGGGAAGAAAGGAAGCUCCCUGGAGGUCCUGUGGGCGCCUCUCAUCCUCGUCUACCUAGGUGGACGGGAGGAGAUCACCGCCUACACCAUCGAAGACAACGAGCUGUGGACGCGGCAUACCGUGACCAUGGUGUCCCAGGUCACGGUCGCCGUGUACUCCUUCUACAAGUCGUGGCCCGGUUCGAGCGACCGGAAGCUGCUGCUGUCGGCAAUCCUGCUGUUCGUCAUCGGCAUCAUCAGCUUCAUCGAGAAGCCGUGGGCUCUGCGGAGGGCCAGCAUCAAGCGGCUGGUGGCCAUGUGGUCCGUGAUGAAAGGGAAGAGGGAGAGCCCCGGCGGGUGGGACUGGUGCUUUACCGAGCUCGGCGACAGGUACAAGUGCUGGACAAAGCUGCCGGAAGACGAUGUGCCGAUCCUGUCGCAGGGCGACCAGGUCCAGAUGAUCCUCUCGGACCUGUCGCUGUUCGCUGCCGAGGUCACCCUGCAGGCUCGGAGCAAGGGUGAGGGUGGUGGUGGUGGUAAUCACGAGAGGAAGAUCCUGGAGCCUCUCAAGUUAGAGAAAGAUGAGACGCUCAAGCCCAUGCUUCGUCAGGCGUUCGGGCUCAUCUACACCAGAGCGAACGUCAUCUUCACACCGGCCUACCUGGUCUGCCACGUGAUGCUGGUCCCGUCGCUGUACAUCGCCGCCAUCACGCUCUUCGCGGCGAGCCGCAAGCAUGGGUACGGCGCCACUGACAUGAAGACGACGUACAUCCUCCUGUGCUUCACCGCGGUGCUGGAUGUCUUUGGGCUGCUCAUCAGUGAGCUCAUGUACAAGCUCAUGUCCAGAACAAAACUAGCAGCAUUGUGCGAGAACCUUCCGGGGCAUAACCUCAUCGACUCGGUUCUCCGGACGGCGAGACGUCCAGUCACCGGGUCGCUCCUCAACUAUGCCUGGCGGUUUGGUUACAGGCCGGAGGAAGCUAGCGAUCGUAGUAGCCUGUACCGCACGGUCUCGGAUGCUAUCACCUAUCAAUUGGUGAAGGUUUUCAAAAAAGCUGGUAAAAACGCUGACCUCUCCAGUUACAGAAGCUUCACCAAGACGGACUACUACUGGACUACAGACCAAACGAAGAGGCUGCUCAACACGGACUAUUACUCCGAGUUGGAUGAUCAUAAGCCAAAGAAGAAGAUGGACAGCUCCGCCGCCGUUUCGAGUGAUGAUCAAGAUCAGCAACGCCUGAAGAUGGACAAGACCGCCGCCGUUUCGACUGAUGAUCAAGAUCAGCAACGCCUGGAGAUGGACAACACCUCCUCAUCCACCAAGCAGAUGGAUCGCAUCAUCACCCAGGCCAGCAAAGACAUGACAGAAAAGGAGAAGAAGCAAAAGCAACCACUCUCCGAUGAAAUCCUCCUAGACAAGAUCAAGGAAAAAGCAGCCAGCCUCAAAUUAAAAGAGGCAUAUAGCGUCAUCGACGACGCUUGCAACCUCGCAAAGGAGCUGCUCGACAUCAAGGACGAAAAUGACCGUUGGCAUUUGAUGCACCUAGUGUGGGUGGGCAUGCUGUGCUACUCCGCCAGCAUGUGCAGGGGCUACCUGCACGCCAAGAGCUUGGGAGAAGGCGGGGAGUUCCUCUCCUACGUCUGGCUCCUCAUCUCGCUCCAGGGGGCCAAGACCUUGGCAGACAAGCUUCAGAUGCCAGACAAAGAACAAGGGGACGACGAUCUGGACGACCAAAAGCGGUAA